UAGCGGCACUCGUAUUUAGCUCUGGCCGCGUGGUGCCGGCAUCUCAGUCUUGAUUCGCUGUCAGAACGUUCGAUCAUACUGUUCCCGCGUGCGGAGGGUGAAUUCACUAAGGACAGACGGAGAAAUCCAGAGAGCGAAGGCUACCGCGUGACCGCAUUCGUUUGCCGGUGAUUGUUUGUGCGGAAAAUUAGGACCCGCGGUUUUCCAUUCGUCAUCCGAUUUCGAGAAGGUUGACGGUUGGACGGGGGUCAGAAACAGACGUGGAAAGAGAGAGAAGCGUAGAAAGAAUGGCGCCGAAUAUCACCAAUACUCCGACUGGAGUACUAUACGAGGAUGACACGAUCGAGGGUCCAGCAUUGAUUAAUUCGCCAAAGACGAAAUACGAGAGACGUAUCGUAUGGAGGAACGUGAUAUUCUUCACGUACCUUCAUCUGGGGGCGGUUUAUGGAUUGUAUCUUAUCUUCACGUCCGCCAAAUUGCUGACGACCAUGUUCGCUUUCUUGCUAUAUCUAGGAAGCGGUAUAGGAAUCACCGCCGGCGCACACAGAUUAUGGGCGCACAGAUCGUACAAGGCAAAGUGGCCGCUGCAGCUUUUCCUGACGAUCCUGAACACCAUAGCUUUCCAAGAUGCGGCGAUCGACUGGGCAAGGGAUCACAGGCUUCAUCAUAAAUACAGCGAAACGGACGCGGAUCCCCAUAACGCGAAGAGAGGAUUUUUCUUCUCGCACGUUGGCUGGCUGUUGUGCAGAAAACACCCGGACAUUAGGGAGAAAGGAAAGGGACUCGAUAUAAGCGAUUUGACGAGCAACCCGAUACUUGCGUUCCAGAAAAAGUACUACAAAAUUUUAAUGCCUAUUAUGUGUUUCGCCAUGCCCACUGUUGUGCCGGUUGUGUGCUGGGGCGAGACCUGGACGAACGCGUACUUCAUCCCAGCGGUUCUGCGUUACGUUUUCACGCUGAAUGUCACGUGGCUGGUGAACUCCGCGGCUCAUCUCUUCGGGAACAAACCAUACGACAGGUUUAUCAACCCCUCCGAGAACAAGGGAGUCGCAUUGACGGCGUUCGGUGAGGGCUGGCACAAUUAUCACCACGUGUUCCCGUGGGACUACAAAACGUCCGAGUUGGGCGGAUAUAGGUUCAACAUAACGACGGCAUUCAUCGAUUUCUGGGCGAAACUAGGCCUGGCGUACGAUCUGAAAGUGGUCCCCAUAAACGUUGUCGAGAAACGAGUGGAAAGAACCGGCGACGGUAGCCACGAACUUUGGGGCUGGGGUGACAAGGAUCAGACGAAGGAAGACAGGGAGCAGACGCUGGUGAUGCAUAGUCUGAAGAAGGAUUACUAGAAGAUGAUCCUCGCGAAAUGGCCGAUCGUUCGGCACGCGUACGACUAACAGCGGCUAAUGUCUUUGUACAGUUCAUAGGACGUGGACCGGAUUGAGCUAUCUGAGAACCAAUCAGAACAUUUUUUCGAAUAUCACUUAAAUAGUUUUAAUCGCGCGAUCGCGGGAACGCUAGUUGCGGUCCGAUUUUUCUUUCCGAAACCCGCUCGAACGUUUCUUUUCGGAUGAUCCAGACAUUUUCUGUCCUCGUCCCCGGGGACAACUUUGAUUUUGGUGCACAGGUGUCGGGUUCACGACGACACUUUGAACGUGUAAAGCAAUAGUCACUUCUGUCUGAAGUCUCAUGGAUGAUCCUAUAGUACAGUACGAUGAUGGAUCGAUUGUAUAUCGUGAAAAUCGAUUUUUCUGCAGGGACAAAAAAACGGUAGCUCGAGCCGUUCGAAAAGUCGGAACGGUAGCUGAUCUCUCGCGAUCACGCGACUAAUUUUAUGGGUCAUUUGGCAGGUUCUAAAUGUCCUCAGUGAUUCCGGGGGAAAAAAUAUCAGACUCUUGGUCGUACUCAUCUGUUCCUCAUUGCCGCGAUUACAUUCUAGAUCACAACGAUUAUAGAUACGCGUUUCGACGAUACUUUCUGAAUGAUUCAGAUCCCUCAAUGCAUCGAUUAUUUAAUACAUAGUUCGUAUAUUAGUUCAGUCCGUAGGUGUUGUCGAGGUUCGGUCGAACGAACUUCCGUUGAAGGCCCUGGAUCGUAAGGUGGCCGCGCACCCUUUACCUUCGGUUGAUCGUUCGGCGCUUGAUACUCGGUUUAGUAAUAGACUAUUUAAUCCCCCCCCCCCUCUCACUUUUGACGCGAAUAUUCGGGGCUACGAAGCGGCGAAUACUGUCAGUUGCUGCAGAGCUAUUUAGAUUCGAGGGUAACAGUACUUCGACGAUAUAAUCGAUGAUGCGAUGGAUGUACGAUGAUAUACGAUCGCUUGUUGGUGCUGGUAAGCCUCUUCAGGGGCUUGCUUUAAGUAUAAAUCGGACAAGUGUAUCGUGUGCCAACGGAAUCGCCUAAAAGUGUUAGUUGCGAGCAUGGUUUGAAAUCCUAGUAUCGGAAAGGAUGGAUGAUUAAAUGAAAACUUGUACGAAACUUCACCACAGGGAUUAUUAUCUAUAAAAAUAUUCGUUCGAUGUUUUCAGGAAACGCAGAAUGUUUCGUAUAUGCACGAAGUAUUGGUACCUUUCGAAACACCCUCCUAUCUCUAUUUUUCCAUCAUUCCCCAUCGGAACUGUUUCGCUUUCCGCCCCCCCCUACCCAGAAAAUAAAAGAGCGUAAACCACGCGCAUUCCGAUUUUAGCUUCGUCCGAGCAUUUAGACGUAAUAUUUCCUCUUCCUGGGAUCCAUGAAAGUAUUCCGCCACGUUUUUUACGCGUACCUUUCAUCGAGACACACGGGCAUAUAUCUCGUUGAUUGCCCCCCCCGCCCAAUUCUGUCCGUCGUAUUUAGCCACUAGAAAAAAAGGAAGCAUUUUAUCUACCACACUUGUCCCGUUUGUUCACGAACGUGGCAAAAAAAGUAAAUAUAUAUUUUUCCUUCUUCGAUUCCGUCUGUCAGUCUGUCGAUACACAUAUUGUAAAAGUGAUCGAUUGUUAUUAGUGCCUUGGAUUUACGAGGAAAAUCAUUGUUCGAACAGAAAACUGAAACGACGUCACCACGUACGUAAAAUAACAAUUACCAGACUCGUUGGGGAACAAGUUCGUAAGCGCGAGGCAAGCUCACGAGAAGCUUGCACACCAGGUACCUGAAACGCAGGAAAACGAGGCGAGGGCUACAACACUUUCUAGGAUUUAAAGGCAACCACCUCGCGCAUCCCCCUAACUUAUUCCUACCGGCCUGCUGGAGAAGCGUGCGAACAAUGGAAGAUCUACACGUAUGCUCGACGAACGAGUGCCUCUCUGCGCCGAAAACGAGAGUGCGUGGCCGCGGUUCGAUUGGUUAGGAGUCGACGCGAACCAGAUACUUUUUGUUACUUUAAUCGUGUAUACCGUGCCGUGGUCAAGCGGAUUUACACACACAAACACAUGUUAUUUGUACGAUUAUUUGCAUGUCAAGACACGGUGCAAAACCGUGUGAAAAAAAAAAAGAAAGAAAAAAAGAAACAUAAAUGUUCAGAAGAAAAGUACUUGUGUAUAUAUAUACAUACUUUCAUGGCAAAUUCCGGCGAGACGAUUUCGAUCGUCGUAAUUUCCCCGAUCGAACCUACCAAUGGAAGAGAGAGAGAGAGAGAGAGAGAGAAAGUGAAAUGAGAUUUUCGUGGAAUUCACGACGGAAUGAAAGAGGACAGUGUUAAAAUAUAUUUUUCCAGAAAACUCUUCUGAGCAGUACUUCUACCAUUUGAUCUUUGUCAAACAUAAUCGGGAAAGCUCGAUGAACUGAUGAACACCUUCGUCUGUAUUUUCACGUACAUAGUUUGAUAAUGGAAGAAGCUUAAUACCAAAAUUUCGACGAAUUUCAUCCAUUCCUUAUACGAUCGAAAGGGGAGUGUGCUUAGAAGUGUUCGAACGAAUUUCUACAUCUUCCAGUGUGAACUUCCGCAAUAUUUUGGCAACAGACUACCAUAGACUCCCAAUUAUCCGGCCACAUGUUUGGCGACAAAAAAACAAUUGACUGGAAGAAAAAUUAUCAACAUAUUCCGUGAUUAUUCACUCGCUUCCGAUGAAAUUUAUUCUUUAUCGUGUUUGUCAUUGUUCAAAUAGUCUUUCUAGGAUUAAUUUUUGUUUUCUAUUCAUACUAAAUGUUUGAGUACUGGAUAAAUUGUUUGAAUGCUGAUACACGCCUGAUUAAUCGGCCAGAGGUCUGAUCACACAGGGAGCCGGUAAAGCGGGUGUCUACUGUUACCCAUACCCUUCAUCCUAACCUGGGCAACAGAAAUUACAAGAUUGAAACGUGUUCGAAAGUCCAAGAACAGUUUUCCCCAUCGCGUGUCGCUGUUACUAAUCAUUCCAAUAA